GCUUCACACUCACCAUGACUCUCACGGAGAGUGAACCACAGGACAUUUGAGAGGGUAUCCGAGUGAGUCCAAGGGGGAGCAUGCUGUGUGUCAUGCUUAUGCCCUCCGUUUGAUCGUCCUUUCAGGGGUUUUAUUCAACACAAGUGCUAGGAAUAAGAGCGAUGGAUGCCGGUGGAAACCAAGUAGCUGCGAACAUGGCCUCUUCACCCGCAGAAGAAGCUCAGGCCUGGACGAUUUGCAUCAACAUUCAAGAUCUGGGUUCCUGAAAAGCAGUUUGGAGAAUUUUGAGCUGCACUACACUGAGAACGCACUACUGCCACGGCAAGGUUAACCAAGCCCAAGACCAGCUGUGUGUGUUUGUGUGUGUUUUGGUAAUAUGCAUCAUCGGAAUCUUCGAGCUCGGCGUCGGCAACAAGAGGACGAGGCUAAUGAGUGUUCUGCUUUAGAGUCGGGACAUCAACAUUGCACACGAAGCCCAAUUUUUUUCAUUUUGUGUGUUCUGCUGAGUAUCGUGAGUUGGAACAUGCUGAGAUUCUGGAGUCCGCUAUUCAACAAACAACAACAGGUACAAAUGCAAGCAUCGACAAACCAAAUUCGAGCUGUUGUCUUCGAACUAUUCAGAGCCAGUAACAGAACUUAUGCGCAUCGAAACCUAUUGCGCCGUCGAACAAGACAAAGAAGACAUUUACUCAAGUCGACAUCGCAGGAGAUUUACCCUGAUGAAGAUGAGCGUGAAGAGUGCCCUUUCAAUGAACCAGAAGUUGAUGAAACUCCUCCCCUAGGAUCUGAAUCCUCCGCUCACAGGAUGGCUCGAUCGGGGAGGAAGGGAAACAAGGGAAACAAGCCGGACAAGCCGAAGAGAAGUUCCAGUUCUAGGAUAACUUAUGAUGGUCCUGAACCUCGCCAACGGACAGCUCAUGGAACUCUGGGGCAAUGGCAAGUUCUCGGUGGAGAUCGUAUCUCUGAUUUAGACAUACAUCCAUUCUUCGUUAAGGUACCGAUAGGACUCGGUAAAGAACGGCAGGAGUAUUACAUGCAUAUUGACACUGGGAGUGGCAUCAGCUGGGUUAAUUGCAAAGGUAGGGGACCGAUUACGACGGAGGGGCCACACGGACUCUUCAAACCUAAAGCAGACAGCUACGUAAACUGCAAGAAACAGGAAGAAUUUUGCAAGGGGUUUCAAGAUGGGGAAGAGCACCGUUGUGAUAAGAAGCACCAUUUUCGGUGCAUAUUCGACACUCAGUAUGGUGAUGGGCUGAUCAUAGAGGGAUACAUCGUGAUGAUAGACUUGAUCUUCGACUUGAGUGAUGGUUCUGAAUCGCAGGCCGAUGUUGCUUUCGGGUGUGCGGAUAAAGUGAACGAUGAAGAAACGAAGAAGCUAGGCCAAAACACCGCGCUCACAGAUGGACUAAUAGGUUUAGGUCCGCAUCCAGGAAGUUGGCUUCAUCAAUUGAACAUGUUGGGGUACAUCUCAGAAUACGUGAUUGCAAUAUGCUUCGAACCAGACCUUGGGAAAUCAAGACAUGCAGCUAUAGGCCCUGAAUUACCAGAACCAGCUGGUUUCCUCUCAUUCGGAAACCCAUAUUCCGCGCAAGCUGAGAGCACCAUUUGGACAGCCAACAUUCCAUCUCCUGAAGAGUACUACGACGCCAUGUAUACGGGAAGGCUCGUUUCAAUCAGAUAUCGGGAUAUUGUUAUCCAGCUGAGGGGGAACGAGAAAAAACGGAAGAGAGAUCAUCCAGAAGGGGUGCAAAUGGGUUUCGACACUGGCAGCGACCUGACGUACUUAACAAGGAAGACCUUCGACGCAUUUGUAACCAUUCUUGAUGAAGAGGCCAAACACUUGGGAUAUGAAAUUACGAGAGAUGCAGACGAAUUUGUGAAAGACGAACAGAGAAAAUGCUGGAGAAAGAAAAGUGGUGGAGAAGAACCUUCAGUGGAGGAUUUCGGAGACAUGAUCCUGGAGUUUGCAACUUUUGCCGAGGACGAUACUAAAUCUGAAUUGGUCAUCAACCCGAAGUACUACAUCACUUCAGAGGGCUCUGGAAGACAGCAUAGAACUUGCUUCAAUAUGCUGAAGGAAACGGAGUUCGAUUUUGGCAAUCUGGGAGCGGAAGUUAUGAGAGGUCACUUGCUCCUUUUCGACAAUGAGCUCAAUCGAAUAGGGUGGCGUAGAGUUGACUCUUGCAGCAGAGUGCUAUGAUUCACACAUUCGACGGUAUAACCUUCCCAAGGAUUGCUUCCAUCGAUAUCAGAUAAUAAAAUCCUGAUGCAUGUGCUCGUAGAACCUGUACAUUAAUCGGCAAUUCAACAAAUUCAGUAAUAGAUUUUGGAAGA